CCCCUCUUAGAGCUGGAUUACAUAAAACAGGUCAAACCUGCACUCAGGCAGCGAGCAGGAGAAGGAGAGCUUUCCUCUGUCGGACAAGUCCGAGUCAGAACCCGCAAAAAUGUCCUCGGGUGAGUUUGAAUCGCUGGAGAAAUCCCUGGAGACGCACCUGCCAGAGGCCGAGCUGGCGCAGGUCAAACGCAUCCUCUUCGGGAAGGAAACCAAGAAACUGGACCUCCCAGCCUGUGCUGUGGAAGCAGCUUCUGAGCGCCACUUUGAGCUGAAGGGUUACAAGUUUGAUGCUUCAGAAGAACAACUCAGACCACCCAGAAGGAUCCGAGUGGGACUGGUUCAGCAUCAGAUUGUCCUGCCCACUGAUGCCCCGAUCCUGGACCAGGUUAAUGCCAUGCACAGCCGCGUCAGGGAAAUUGCAGAGGUGGCUGCCAUGUGUGGUGUAAACAUCAUCUGCUUUCAGGAAUCCUGGACCAUGCCCUUCGCUUUCUGCACCCGUGAGAAAGAUCCGUGGACAGAGUUUGCAGAGUCUGCAGAGGAGGGACACACCACACGUUUCUGCCAAGAGUUUGCCAAAAAAUACAACAUGGUCGUGGUUUCCCCAAUUCUGGAGAGAGAUGAGCUUCACAACACGCUGUGGAACACAGCGGUGGUCAUCUCCAACUCUGGAAAUGUGCUGGGAAAGAGCAGGAAGAAUCAUAUUCCCAGGAUCGGAGACUUUAACGAGUCCACGUAUUAUAUGGAGGGCGACACGGGUCACACAGUGUUCCAGACGCAGUUUGGGAAGAUUGCUGUGAAUAUCUGCUACGGGCGCCAUCAUCCCCUCAACUGGUUCAUGUAUUCUAUGAACGGAGCUGAGAUCAUCUUCAACCCCUCUGCUACGGUUGGAGCGCUCAGCGAACCCAUGUGGUCCAUCGAGGCCAGAAACGCAGCGAUCGCUAACCACUGUUUUACCUGUGGCAUCAAUCGCGUGGGGACGGAACAUUUCAAAAAUGAAUUCACAUCGGGUGAUGGAAAGAAAGCUCACAAUGACUUUGGACAUUUCUACGGGUCCAGUUAUGUGGCUGGCCCGGACGGCAGCCGCACCCCGGGGCUCUCCAGGACCCAGGACGGACUGCUGGUGGUAGAAAUGGACCUGAACCUGAACAGACAAAUCAGUGACAAAUGGAGUUUUAAAAUGACUGGCCGGUACCCUGAGUAUGCAGCAGAGCUCACCGAGGCCGUCAGACACGACUUCAAACCCAAAAUAGUGAAGGAGUAGAACCUGUUCCACAUUAAAAAAUAAAAUAUAUUACAUUUACUGGAUAAAGCAGCUGAAGUCCUGGUUUAUUAACUCAGUUGCAUGAAUCAUCCCAAAGGAGGGCAGUUAAUAAUCCAUCCAUUAAACAACUUCGACAAGUGGUUUGGGAAUCAGCAAGUACAGAAUUUACUCAGUAAGAAAUUUUAAUGUUUUAUAAACACUUGUGAAUUCAUAAAUUAGUUAGAAAAAUGAGGGCUAAUUAGUUGGUAUAUACAAUCUCAACCUCAGCAACGCUUUAGGAAAUAAAAUCCAAAUCAUAUUUGAGUCUUAUUUAAGUCUCUGUAGAAAAUAUAAAGAAUUCAUGCUCAGGCUCAAUGAGAGAAAAAUAAGGAUCCAGCAAAUGUUCAAGU